AUGGCCUUCACCAUCUCACCAUCUAAAGAGCUCAAUGAUACUGUAGUGUCAUUAUCUAGGUCUUUAAUAAGACCAAUAACGGAAGCUUCAAAUCAUUUAUUUGCUGUUGAGUUUGAUACAUUCAAAGUCCUGAGUUACGACAUCGACGGCAACCACGUUGGCAUCGACAUCAACAGCUUGAUCUCUAAUGAGUCUUCAACUGCAGCUCACAUCGAUGAAAGUGCUGCAGCUCCUGAGAUAUUGAAAUGGACGGGGAUUUCACUUGCUAUAGUGGUUGGAUCAAUCGUUAUACUCGUCGUGGGUAUCUUUUUCUUCAUUAGAUGGAGAACAUUUCGACUAGAAGCAAAGUUUAUGUUUGACUUAAUGAGUGAAGCAAAGGAGCUUGAGAUCGAUGGAAAGAAAGGCGCCAAUUUGAAAGUAUAUAAAUUGUCAUCCAUUAUGCUAGCUACAGAUGAUUUCUCAUCUGAAACUAAACUUGGAGAGGGUGGUUUUGGACCUGUUUACAAGGGUUUGUUGCCUGACGGGCAAGAGGUAGCAAUAAAGAGGCUAUCAGGAAGUUCCAAACAAGGACUAGUGGAAUUCAAGAAUGAGCUUAUAAUUGUAGCUAAAUUACAACACACCAAUCUGGUGCGGCUCUUGGGUUCUGCAUUCAAGGGCAAGAGAAAAUAUUGGUCUACGAAUACAUGCCAAAUAAAAGCUUGGACACAUAUAUUUUUGAUGAAUCUAAAAGCAAGUUGUUUGAUUGGAACAAAUGUUUUAACAUCAUUGAAGAAAUAGCUCACGGACUACUUUAUCUACACAAGUAUUCAAGAUUGAAAAUAAUUCACAGAGACUUGAAAGCCAACAAUAUAUUACUAGACAAAACUAUGAAUCCCAAGAUAUCAGACUUUGGUAUGGCAAAAGUUUUUAUCAAAAGUCAAUCUGAAGCAAAUACGAAUAGAGUUGUGGGCACACGUGGUUAUAUGGCUCCUGAAUACGCU